GCAUGGACGGCGAGGGGCGGCCGGCGCCCGGCCCGCCCGCCCAGGGCCUGCUCGCCGACGAGCACCUGGUGCUGUGGACGCUGUGCUCCGUGCUGCUGCCCGUGUUCAUCACCUUCUGGUGCAGCCUCCAGCGCUCGCGGCGCCAGCUGCACCGCAGGGACAUCUUCCGCAAGAGCAAGCACGGCUGGCGCGACACGGACCUGUUCAGCCAGCCCACCUACUGCUGCGUGUGCGCGCAGCACAUCCUGCAGGGCGCCUUCUGCGACUGCUGCGGCCUCCGCGUGGACGAGGGCUGCCUCAAGAAGGCCGACAAGCGCUUCCCGUGCAAGGAGAUCAUGCUCAAAGGCGACAGCAGGGCCCCGGACGCCAUGCCCCACCACUGGAUCCGCGGCAACGUGCCCCUGUGCAGCUACUGUGUGGUUUGCAAGCAGCAGUGCGGCACGCAGCCCAAGCUCUGCGACCACAGGUGCAUUUGGUGUCAGAAAACAGUCCAUGAUGAGUGCAUGAAAAAUAGCUUAAAGAAUGAGAAGUGUGAUUUUGGAGAAUUUAGAAACCUCAUCAUUCCCCCGAGUUACAUAACUUCCAUUAACCAGAUGCGUAAGAACAAGAAAACAGAUUAUGAAGUGCUAGCAUCCAAGUUUGGAAAGCAGUGGACCCCAUUAAUAAUCCUGGCCAACUCUCGCAGUGGAACUAACAUGGGAGAAGGACUAUUGGGAGAGUUUAGGAUCUUAUUAAAUCCAGUCCAGGUUUUUGAUGUAACCAAAACUCCUCCUAUCAAAGCCCUGCAAAUUUGUACUCUCCUUCCCUGUUAUUCAGCUCGGGUCCUGGUUUGUGGAGGGGAUGGUACUGUGGGCUGGGUCCUGGACGCAGUUGACGAGAUGAAGAUUAAGGGACAAGAAAAAUACGUUCCACAGGUUGCAGUCUUGCCUCUGGGAACAGGCAACGAUCUGUCCAAUACUCUGGGCUGGGGUGCAGGUUAUGCUGGAGAAAUCCCAGUUGCACAGGUCUUAAGAAAUGUAAUGGAAGCAGAUGGAAUCAAACUAGAUCGGUGGAAAGUUCAGGUCACCAAUAAAGGAUAUUACAACCUACGAAAACCCAAGGAGUUCACGAUGAACAACUACUUCUCCGUGGGGCCGGACGCGCUCAUGGCGCUGAACUUCCACGCUCACCGUGAGAAGGCCCCGUCUCUGUUCUGCAGCAGAAUUCUUAAUAAGGCUGUUUAUUUGUUCUAUGGAACCAAAGAUUGUUUAGUACAAGAAUGUAAAGAUUUGAAUAAAAAAGUUGAGCUAGAGCUGGACGGCGAGCAAGUGGAACUGCCUAACUUGGAAGGCAUCAUCGUGCUCAACAUUGGCUACUGGGGCGGCGGCUGCCGGCUCUGGGAAGGGAUGGGAGACGAGACCUACCCGCUGGCCAGGCAUGAUGAUGGUCUGCUGGAAGUUGUUGGAGUGUACGGGUCUUUCCACUGCGCUCAAAUUCAAGUGAAGCUGGCAAACCCUUUCCGCAUAGGACAAGCACACACAGUGCGGCUGAUCUUGAAGUGCUCCAUGAUGCCGAUGCAGGUGGACGGGGAGCCGUGGGCCCAGGGGCCCUGCACUGUCACCAUAACGCACAAGACACACGCUUUGAUGCUGUACUUCUCGGGAGAACAGACGGACGAUGAUGUCUCCAGCGCUUCGGACCAAGAGGAUGUAAAGGAGGCUGAAUACACGGAUGAAGACGUGCAGAUGUAGCGUGCCGUCCGCGCAGACAGACGCAUGAUCACCCAGGAGGAGGGGUUCCGUGCCAGCUGUUGGUUUUCCACGGCACUCGUCUUAUGCCGGGUACACAUUCAUGUCCAUCACACUCCCCAAACGGCCAGACUUCUAGUUCUUACAAACACCAGUUUUUUCUCAGCAAGAGACUUAGAUCAUCUGUAACUGACUUUGAAAAAGCUACAGAAAGCAUGAAGAUGAAAUUCUUUUAUAGCCGGGGAUACAGCUCAGCGGCACAGCACCUGCCUGGCAAGCGCAAGGUCGUGAGUUCAGCUCCUGGUACCGAAAAAAACAUGUCACAGCUGUGUUGUGAGAGUGGGGUCUCCUUGAAACGCGCACCGUCAUUCCUUAUUCCUUAGCACACACUGGAUGGACAGGGUGCGGGGAGCAAGAUCGUUUCCGUCCCCGUUUUUACAGUGGUGGCGCCGUACCAUGUUAAAAAUCAGUUUGCUCUUUGUGAAAGGAAACGGUUCGUGUUACCCGUUAGGCUUAGCGCUGGACGUCCUGUGGCAGCGUGCCCCUGAGGAUUUCCUGUGUCCCAAACGAGUGAGUCCCUACGAAGUGAUUUCCAGAAAACCGCUUAAGUAGGAAUAUAAGAGAAAGACAAAACUGAAAGUGUCCGAGACCUCCAGUUUCCUUUUGUUGUGGUGCUGGGGAUGAAUCCCAGAUCCUUGCAGGUUCUAGGCAAGUGCUGAGCUACACUCGAGCCCGGGAUCUUCUGUAUCAAAAGAGAACCAGCUGGGUGGAUUGUUCUAAAAUAACAUGCAGAGCACUUUGGAUUGAAAGUUACGGGUUCCAGACUGGAUAGUUCACCAACUUCUCUUUUGGUUAAAAGACAGUGUCCACAACUCAAGGGGAGAAAAAAAAUUGAUAUGUGUAUAUAUGAAAGUGGGCAGUCAGAUGAACUGCUCCAAACAAGUCGAAGUGGAGUCGUGGUUUCGAGGGUCAGUAGUCUUGUGGUAGUUUGGAAUACAGUAGUCUUUUAUAUCUUACCCCUUGGGGAAGGUAAGUGGGCAGAAGCCUCUGAGAAAAUGUUUAUAUCAUAUUUAUUUUAAAGUAAGAGAGAGAUAUAUUUUUAACUUAUUUAUUAUUUAUUGUGGCAUCAGACUUGUGUUUAGAGUUUACACUGGUAUGACAUAGCUUUAUUUAAUAAGUUGAAUUUGUCACAUAAAUUGUGCAACUGCUACUGCCCAUCCGAUAAUUACAUCCUAACUCAUUUCUCCUGACAGACAUACCACCAAGAUGCUCUCACUCCUCAGUGUUUGGGGGGGCAUGAAAAUUACUGAGCACCCCCUACUCACUUUUGGAGGACUAAAGGCUGUGUUUUCUCUGCCGUUUGUCCCUCAGUUGCCAAGUACUUCUGGAAGGGUGGUUCCGUCGCCGCCCGCUAGAGGGCGUGCUCCUGCUGUUGUCAGCCAGGCGCACCGAGGGCGUCCAGCCUAGAGUUUUUCUGACAGAUAGCCCUUGUGAGCUUGGUGACCUUUCAUGGUGAAAUUACUGUACUCUCUGGAACAUGAGUAUGUAUUCCCCACCAUUACCUCUCUUAAGGGUCUGUUAUGACGCUGUCACCCACGAAUUGCCAUAACUUCAAUUUGAAUCACCUCAGACCCAGGCCAUGUUUUGAAAGAACGACAUAGUAAAUGUAUGCCAUACCCAGUACAUCAUAUAGGAUACUUUUAUUUUGCUAGAUUGACUCCUUCCAGAUCUCCACAGGUGACACUUUUUUUUUGUGGAGGUGGGCACCAGGAAUCAAACUCAGGACCUUGCACUUGCCAGGCAGGCGUUUGUGCCACUGAGCUAUAUCCCCGGCCUCCACAGGUGAUGCUGAAUUCUAGGAUUUGACAAAUUUUGUCCCCACGUGUGUUUUCAGCUUAUUCAUACACAUCUCACAGUAGGAAACCUGCACACGGAAGUGGUGGGAGAGUUUUGUCAAUUUUCUUUUAUGGGACGAUCAUGUUUUUGAGUAAAAUGAAAUUUAUCCUUUAAUUCGUAAUCAACAUAGUUACAGAAAACACAUUUCAUAAAUACAGUAUUCACUUUACUGCAGGCUAUAUUAUACCUUGUAUUGCUAAUUGUAGUGAAAACAAAGGAAAUAGUUAAUUUGGAAAUAAGACUUAAAACAACCGAAAAACUACAUAGGUUUUUUUUAAUUGCUAAAACUACUCUAACCACAUUUUACACUGGCUUUAGAACAGGUUAAUGUAGAAUGCCUUCAUUUAUUUAAACACUGAUUUUUCAGUUAUAAUCUGGUGAGGAUUUUGGUGAUUUUUUUUGUC